CCCUUAUCACCUCUUCAACCUCCCACCUCUCUCUCUACGCUGCCCUCCCUCUCUCUUCCUUCCUCUCUCUGCUCAUGGCCACCUCUUUCUCCUCCAUCCACCACCACAUUGUUCGGCGCCACCACUUUCCUCCACCAGACUCGCUCCCUUCCACCACCUCCACUUCGUCCUCCUUCCUCAAACCAACCUCCUCCCCAUCCUCCACCUCCUCCUCCCUGUCACUCUGUCAUAGGUUCUCAAUUCCCCGAUCCUCCACCGCCACCACCGCCACCACUACCACCUCCCAAUCCCCAUCACUCGACCUCCUCGAAUCCUACCUGUCCUCCCAGCAAUUCCAGCUCGCCGACGAGGAAACCCGCCGCCUCCUCAUCGUCCUCGCCGGCGAAGCGGCCCAGAAGCGCAAGUACGUCUUCUUCUCCGAGGUGCAGUUCAUACCCACCUCUUAUCUCUCCGCCAUCGACGAGCUGUGGAGGAAGCACAGCAAUGGCAAGUUCGGCUAUAGCGUGCAGAGGAGGAUACUGAGGAAGAUGAGGGGCGACUUCUCCAAGUUCUUCGUCAAGGUCGGGUGGAUGAAGAAGCUGGAGACGGAGGUGGAGCAGUACACCUACAGGUCCUUCCCCAGCGAGUUCCUGUGGGAGCUCAAUGACCAAACGCCCGAAGGGCACCUGCCAUUGACGAAUGCCCUGAGGGGCACCCAGCUUCUGAACAGCGUCCUCGACCACCCUGCCUUUCAGACUCAGGGGGAGGAGGAAGAAGUUGAGGAUGUGGGGUCCGGUGAGGCCCUCAAGAGCCCAAGCCCCGUCAAUAGGAGGAGCUUCACGUCAGACUACUCGUUCUGAGUACAGCUGCUUCUGGGGAGAGGCCUUUUAUUUAUUCAUCAUCAGUAUUAUUAUUUAGUGGUGUUCUCCUUUCUUCUUGUCUUCUUCCUUCUCGGCAUCGUUGCUUUUAAUUUAUCAGCCCAAUGUGGAGACUGGCGGGAUUUUAUUCAUUGGAGAGCCUUCCAAGGCUGUUAAUGGCCGCACGGUUUGGAGUCUUUGGGUUCUGCAAGAGAUUCAUUCUCUUUUUGCUCUGGUAUAUGAAUUAUGUUUUUCUGUUUGCCCUUUCUAUAAGUGAAAGACGUUAGAGUUGAGGGCGACAGUUUAUGUUUUUUGAUGUAAGCAAAUGGAAGAAAUAUAGACAGUUUCUGUAUUUAA